AUGGUAUCACUGCAGGCCAAUAUGCAGAUCCAUGAUGAUCUUGCAGCGCUCUUCUCACGGAACAUGACCUUCAACCCGGAGGCGGUUCCUAAGGAGAUGCCCCAGGAGAUGGUCGUCUCUGAGCAGAUGAACCAACCGAUUGUCUAUUCGGUAUCCCAGCACUACAACCACUCAGCUCACAUCGCCAACCCCCAGUUCCAAACACAAGACUCGCAGAGGCACUCAUCGGAGCCACCGCAGAGCGACGUCGUUUCAUCCGAAAUGAUAUUACGAACACACGGCGUUGAUCCAGCCACCCUGACGCCCUCUCAACUGCAACUCUUUCGCAUAGCUGAUGCUGCUCAACGGAGACGGCUAGUCGAGCUAUGGAGCAUCUGCCCUCCGAGCGGCGGUGGAGAUAUCCAGGCUCUCGCAUGGAGCAGCACGACGAUGGAACAGGAAGAGCACCUAGCCCAGUUGCGUUACGAGCAACAACAGCACAACCAUGCCAUGAGUCUGGAUGGCACAACAGUCCAGGCUGCAAACAGCACCUGGGUUCACCAAGCUAGCCAAGAGAGUGAGCCCUACAUGAUGUCUGGAUAUGAGGAAAUUAUGCGGCGGGAGCGAGAGCGUGAGGAGGCCAACUCCCGCCCAAAGGACGCUUACAGCCACUUUGGCACCUCUGUCGGCGGCCCAAGCUAUUCGCCUUCCACAGACCCCGUCUAUCUUGGCGCUGACUAUGCACGACACCAACUACAGAUGGCAUUGGCUGAGCAGUAUGGGUCUUUUGAACAGCAUCGGGCGAACCAGGCUGUGGAUGUUAUGGAUAUGUAA